GUCAGGGGUGAGCCUUGUUUUGCUAAUCAUGAGAAGAUCGUAUUCAAUGAGGACUUCUCUUGUGUAGUUUUGGACAAGAGAAUGUUGCGUUGAGAGCUUGUUGUGCCAAAUGAUGGAGCUGUUGUUAUUACUUCUAGUGCUGCUGAGGAAAUCGAAUUAAAUGAUGAUGAAUGUAAAGAUGAUAUUGUGGAUUGGUUAUUGAAGGGGGUUACUAAUAUUGGGGAGCAAUUGAAGCAGUGGACAAAUUUGAGAGAACCAGUAGAAGUCAAGGGAAAGAGUUUUUCAAAAUCUAUGAGGCUGAAUUUCAUCGGAUGCAGAACAUUUGUGAGAGAAAAAAUACAGUAUUUGAGAGACAUUAAGGUAUGGCAGAAUUUGGAGAGUUUGUGUGUUGAAGAAGAUAAGAGACGAGAAGAGAUGUCAGGGUACAAAUCAUUGAGUUACGAGUAUCUCUUGUUAGAGAGGCAUAGGCACUUUCAGAGGACAAAUGGUGAUAUUUUCGAGUUGGAUAUCAUAUGGAAUAUUUUGAGAAAACCUGUGGACAAUGAAAUAAAACUGGGGAUCAAAAAGCAGAUUGAUGAAAUAGUUGAAAAGCUUUACAAAUUUGAUGCUAUAAUCAGGACAGCAACUACUGCUAUGCAGCAGACGGGGAAGAAAAUUGAUAUCAUAACUGCUUAUGACUACCGAUCAAUUAUGGUGCCCCUGCUGAAGUCAUUCGUGCGGGCACAAAUGGAAGAUCUGGCUAACAAGGAUGCAGAAAAGAAGUCCAAGGCUGCAGAAGUAGCAUUGUUAUCAGAACUUGAUCUUAAUGACAAGAAAAACUCUGACAAAGGAGGAGGUAAUACAAGACAAGUACAGGAAAAAUCCAAGGACAAAAAGAAGAAAAAAGAUCACAGGAUGUCAGAAGAAUUAAAGGCAACUGCAUGUAGUGAGGAGAAGCAGGAAAAUUUGGAGCAAAUUUCCUUUCAUGCUGCACAUGAUGGAGAUGAUCCUCCUAAUCCUGAGAUUGUUGGUCCUGUAACCACUGAUGAAUUGGAGCAAGAGGAACGGACACUUACACCUGAGGAGGAGAAAGAGCAAAGAAUGCUUGAAGAGCAUUUGGAGUAUCAGAAGCAGAUUGAGAAUGAGGCCAAACAAAAGCGCCUUGCUGAGCUAAAUAAAGCUGGAAGCAGUGCAGGAAAUAUGGAAAAAAUGUCCCUUAGACGCAUCAACUUUGAUGACUUUCACUGGAAAUAUUUUUAUCAAGCUCAGGGUGUCAAAUUGGAUGAGAGAAUAGCACCCAAGAGAACUUGAAUCUGACUAGACCCAAUUAGAAGUAAUAAAUUGUCUUGGAUGAAACACCAUUGAUAUUUGUUGAAAAACUC